CAAAGCUUCCUUCCAUUGAUCUGAAAGCAAAGAGAGAGGUACGUAGUCGACGUCCAUCCAUGGCCGCCGCAGCAAUGGCAUUCCCUCUCUUCCAAGGAUGCAGAUCCCAGACCUCACGGCAGCUCACGAGGCCCGGACCUCCGGCCACCCAGUCCAAGCCGAGCUCGGUCGUCGUCCGCUGCGGAAAGGGGAUGAACAUCGUCUUCGUCGGCGCCGAGAUGGCGCCCUGGAGCAAGACGGGAGGCCUCGGCGACGUCCUCGGAGGGCUCCCUCCGGCCAUGGCCGCAAACGGGCACAGAGUCAUGACCAUCGCUCCUCGCUACGAUCAGUACUUCGACGGCUGGGACACAAGUGUUCUGGUCGAUAUACCAGUCGGCGACCAGAUCGAAAGGGUUCGAUUCUUCCAUUGCUACAAAAGGGGAGUGGACAGAGUGUUCAUCGAUCACCCUCUGUUCCUCGCCAAGGUUUGGGGCCAAACCGGAGGCAAGCUCUACGGUCCUUCUACCGGAACCGAUUACGAAGACAAUAAGCGACGAUUCAGUCUCUUCUGCAAGGCAGCUUUGUUAGCUCCAAAGAUCCUCCAUCUCAACAAUAGCAGAUGCUACUCUGGACCAUAUGGGGAGGAUGUUAUUUUCGUUGCAAACGAUUGGCACACUGGUCCUCUUCCUUGCUACUUGAAGAGCAUCUAUCAGUCUCAAGGGAUGUACAUGAAUGCCAAGGUUGCUUUCUGCAUUCACAACAUUGUUUACCAAGGCCGGUUCGCCUUUUCGGAUUUUGGAAUGCUCAAUCUACCCGAGAGAUUCAAGUCUUCCUUCGACUUCAUGGACGGGCAUAGCGAGCCGGUGAAAGGGAGGAAAACCAAUUGGAUGAAGGCUGGAAUCAUAGAAUCCGACAAGGCAGUCACUGUGAGUCCAUACUAUGCGCAAGAGCUCGUUUCGGGGGUAGAAAGAGGAGUCGAAUUGGACAACAUUCUUCGCGCCAAAGGCAUCGUCGGAAUCGUGAACGGAAUGGACACGAAUGAGUGGAAUCCGGCGACCGACAAAUACAUCACCGCGAAUUAUGAUGCCACCACUGCAAUGGAAGCAAAGCCGGUGAACAAGGAGGCUCUACAAGCCGAAGUUGGAUUGCCGGUCGAUCGAAACAUCCCUCUCAUUGCCUUCUGUGGGAGAUUAGAAGAGCAGAAAGGCUCAGACAUUUUCGCGGCAGCUAUUCCUGAAUUCAUCAAUGAGAACGUCCAAGUGAUAGUGCUUGGAACCGGCAAGGGGAAGAUGGAAAGAGAGCUAGCCGAACUCGAAGCCAAGUACCCGAGCAAAGUGAGAGCACACAUGAAGUUCAAUGUUCCCUUGGCUCACUUAAUCAUGGCAGGAGCAGACCUUCUUGCUAUCACCAGCAGAUUUGAGCCCUGUGGCCUAAUUCAGUUCCAAGGCAUGAGAUAUGGAGUCCCGUCUAUAUGUGCCUCUACCGGUGGACUAGUCGACACAGUUAGAGAUGGAGUCACUGGGUUCCAUAUGGGUUGUUUCAGUGCCAAUUGUGACUAUGUUGAUAAACGCGAUAUCCAAAGGGUCGUGGAAGCAGUGAAGAAGGCCCUUGCGGUCUACCGCACCGCUGAAUUCAGGCAAAUGAUGCUGAAUUGCAUGAACCAAGAGCUUUCCUGGAAGGGACCAGCGAAGAGGUGGGAGGAGAUGUUGCUCAGCUUGGGAGCAAGUGGAAGUGAGCCUGGAAUUGAUGGAGAGGAAAUAGCUCCUCUUGCAAAGGAAAAUGUGGCUGCUCCUACAGAAUUGGUGCAAGUCUAGUUUGUACUCUGUUUUGUGGCUCUGGUAAUGUGUGAGGAAUAAUACUAUUUACUCAAAAGCUUG